GCAAGAUUGUCCUAAAGGAUACGAGGGGGGCAGCUUGACAAAAAUUCUGAAGGACAUCGAGCAGAGCCCCUUGGUCAUGCUGGACCGCUGGCAUCUGGAAGUCAUCCCCAGAGAGGAGGUGGAGAACGGGGACCAGGUCCCAUACAACAUCAUGAACAACUAUUUCUCCAUUGGCGUGGAUGCUUCAAUUGCGCACAGAUUCCACCUGAUGAGAGAGAAACACCCUGAAAAGUUCAACAGCAGCUCCGUGCCUGAGGGUCACCGAGUGCCCGUUCCAGUGAGCAGUGAGAAGAGGACAGCAUGAAGGGUGGAUUAGAUGUGGUGACAAGCUCUCUGAUGGGCCAGGGCAGCUGGCCGUGUGGGGGCACAGAUGGCCCUGCAGCACCUGUGCGAUGACGAUCAGGGGCCCCUCACAGGACCUGACAUCCUCGCCUUAGAACCAAGUCCACCUGGCUUGGCUUUUUUUUCCCUCAAGCUCUUGAUCUAAACGUUGGUUAACACAAUUGCUUAGAAACUUUCCAAGGCACGUAGGAGUCAAACAAUGUGACAUGUUAACAGAUAAAGCAUCCUCAAUAUUAUUAUCAUGCAUCAUUCAAUUAUAAUUCAACUCUAUCUCUAGUUACAUUUGCCCUUUCUGUGUGUCUUUUGGAGCCCUGGUGGCCCAGUGGUUAAGAGGUCGGCUUGCUAACCAAAAGGUCAGCAGUUAGAAUCUACCAGCUGCUCCUUG